AUGAAUAAUAUUGAAAUUUUACAGAAGCUUACUGUUCUUCUCAUCUUCGCUUUAAUAGAGCAUGCAAGCGCUUGUUUUGGUGGAGGUGGAUGUGGAGGUGGAGGUCAAGUAGAAUGUUGUUGCUUAAAACUACCACCGAUUUGUCUUCCAGUACUAAAGCUGGGCGGUUGUUGUGGUGAGUGCUGUUGUUCAGGUCAAGGAGGCGGCAUAGGCGGUAUAGGUGGCGGAUAUCCUUUACCACCCAGUAAUCCAAUUGGAGCAGGAUAUGGUGUACCAAGAGCUGGCUAUCCAGUUGGAUAA